AUGGCGCCUGCGAGGAGUGAUUCCGCGCGCCAGGAUGCGAAUAAUAGUGUCCAUCCACCUAUUGCGUCUCUUCCUGGGCCCCAUCCUUCCUAUAUCCAGGUUGCGAAGCCCUAUGUCUUCGAGCGGACUGUCCAUGAAUGUAUAGCCGCCACCGGUGUCGACCAGCUAAGAGAAGACAGCAUUCGACUCCAGGGUAUCACUUGGAUUGACAACGUCCGGAAGGCUCUCCAUCUACCCGUACGUACAUUCAACACUGCUGCUAUUUAUUAUCAUAAAUUCCGGCUCGUGCAUUCAGAUAGCGAAUACAACUAUCUGGAUGCGGCGGCGGCGGCGUUGUUCACUGCCUGCAAGAUCGAGGAUACACUCAAGAAAUCACGAGAGAUCCUCUGCUCCGCGUAUAAUCUCAAACUCUCACCAGCAGAACACCUGUCUGCAGAUGAUCCACUUUUUGAAUCUCAUUCCCGUGGAAUAAUUGGACUGGAGCGGCUGAUGCUCGAAUCAUCAGGAUUUGACUUCCGAAACCGCCAUCCUCAGAAGUCACUAAUAAAAUUGAUAAAGCACUUUAAUUUUGACAAGGACUCGAAAACGUCCGCAGUCUCCUAUGGCAUGAGUCUCGAUCUGUACCGGACUUUUGCUCCCCUCAAGCAGACGUCAGCAACCAUGGCCUUUGCCUGCCUUGAACUAGCAGGUCGACUUCUCAACGACCGUCAUGAACGCGUGGAGUCAGGGAGGGUAUAUAGACUCUGGCUGACAUCCCGCGAAGAAAUAAUGGAGACAAUGCUUGACUUGCUCGAACUCUACACCCACAACCGAAGCUCAACUUCCAUCGGCCCUGAUUUCCCCCUCGAUCUAUUCCUCAACAUCCGCAUCCCCCUCAACCAAGAAGUCGACUCCAAAAAGCUACCCCGCUUCACAUAUUGGGACUCGGACAAGUCCGGUACCAACGGGGCUAAAGCACCAAACGGGUUGAAAAACAAUGGCGAUGGGCACAAAAAUGGACGCCUGCCCAACCCGCUAACUCCAACGGCUGCCCAUGAAGCACAACGAAGAGCCGGUGAUAGGGCUCGUGAGGGCACCGUCCGGUUCAUGCUUUAUCCUGAACAGGCCUCAGCGGAGCGGGAGACUGUGGCGGAAUAUUUCAAGGUGGAGAUGGAGGAGUAUGAGGUGGAUGAAUAG